UGCAAUCUAUGGAGCGUUCUAGCAUCAUAAAUUUGUAGUCGCCCUUUGAAUACCUCCAUAUCAAGGUCCUAACUUUGUAGUCGUCCUUUGAAUCGAAUUACGGGGAAACGACCUCGUAUUUGUAGCCACAACCACAACUCAGCUUCCGUUGUCCAUAUAUUUCGGCAACUGGCGAGGACUUCUCUUCAACCAUCCCGGCCCCAGGUACUAGAAAAAACUCCCAGUAGAGUCCACCGCCGCCGAGGAAGGUUUUCCAGGAUUAUAUUCUCUUAUUCCGUUUUGUUUUUGACCCGUUGUCCCCUCCCUCAUCAUUCAGUCUUUCUAUUUUCUCUCACCGCCGCUCCGUUUCGGCCGGCAGCCGCCCUUGUCUGCCCCCGUCGUUGUUUGCAUUUCCUUUUUCCCCAACCUGUAUUCCUCCCAAGCGCUGCACCAGUGCAAAGUCUGGCGGGGAGAGGAAAACCGACAUAGAAGAAAUAAAAAUAGGUCGGUGAAUGAGCAAGGAGUAGGCGUGCACGGAUAUUAGCCCGCCGCCGUCUACAAAAGAAUACAACUCUACACCACAAAUUCCAACAAGAGUACGUCCCCUCUGGCUCCAUUCCUCAAUUAACUUUCUCCGUUACGUUCAUUCUUCGGGAGCCAGACCGCCGAGCCCCUCCCUCCACGCAGCUGGGUGUCACUUCCCUAGCAGCUCCUGUUUAAAUUAAAAUGAGGAAGGAUCGUGAGGAGAUGACUUUGGGUGGACCUAGACGGAGUAAAUCAUUGAACCGAGCAAGCAGUGUUAAGUCAUCUUUAAGAAGACAUUCUUUCGGUUCCUUCCAUGUUUCACACAACCAGGGAGAUGAUGAUACAGAAAGUGAGGCAGUUUCAGAGGCCGGAGAUAUAGGGGAUCGUGCACUUCACAGCAGAAGAUCUUCAGAAAGCGGUAGGGGUCGAAUCUCCAUUGAUAAUGUGGUAGAAAGUGGUGUUAUUGUUCCCAUUCUUGAGGAUGCUUCCUUGCAACCUACUGGUUUCUCUCCUCAUAAAACGACUACAUUUAAUACGGAAUCUGCCUUGCCAUCUUCAACUUUGGACAUUGCAUUGGGGAGUUCUGCUGAUGGAACUGCUCAACUAGAAGAUAAAAAGAAUGAAAAUGAGAAAGCAAUACCGUGGAUAUUGGAGUACAUUUCAUGCCUAUCAUUUCUUGCUUUAUUUGGAAUUCUUGGGGUGAUCACAAGGUUUUAUCUCCAGAAACUAUUUGGACCUAGAGUUAUUGGUGCUACAAGUGACCAGAGCUACAUGUAUCCCGAUCUUCCUUCAAACAUGGUUGGUUCGUUCUUGAUGGGUUGGUUUGGCGUUGUUUUCAAAGGAGACAUAUCUGAAGUUUCAGAUAAUUUGGCGAUUGGGUUGACAACUGGUUUUCUAGGAAGCCUUACGACAUUCAGUGGCUGGAACCAAAAGAUGCUUGAUCUCAGUGUUCGAGGUCAUUGGGUAUUUGCAAUACUUGGCAUCUUAAUAGGUUUGUUCCUUGCUGCUUACUCGAUCAUUUUUGGGAUUGAAACUGCCAAAGGUUUCAAAUGGCUUAAGAAAAGGUUUAUUAGAGAAAUGAAAUUCUUCAGUUCCAUAUACUCUUGGGAUUUGGAUCAGUACAAUACCUACUUGACGGGUACAGUGGUGCUGCUUUUGAUCCUUGGUGUUGUUUGGGGUGUGUGUAUAGCUUUCACGAAGAAGCAGUUCUACAGUGACCACAGUCACGCUGAGCUGUUAUUGGGUUGCAUUGUUGGGCCAUUUGGUGUUUGGAUAAGAUGGUUCUUAGCUCGUCUGAAUGGACGUGGCUUAGGGAAAAAACCUGUAUUAAGAUGGGUUCCUUUCGGUACUCUGGCUGCCAAUAUCCUUGCUGCUGCUGUAAUGGCUGCACUGGCAACACUUAAAAAAGCGGUGAAUACGGAUAAAUGUAAUACGGUUGCAACAGGUAUACAGCUUGGAUUUCUAGGCUGUCUAAGCACUGUGUCAACAUUUAUUGCUGAGUUCAAUGCUAUGAGACAAAGCAGUCACACUUGGAGGGCAUAUGCAUAUGCAACGAGUACUAUAGUAAUAUCGUUUGCUUUGGGUACCUUGAUUUACUCCGUGCCUGUUUGGGUAAAGGGAUAUGAUUAGCAUUUUGGGCUAGUUAAUAUUGGGGUGGAGCUACCAGGGGUCAUGUUCAUAAUGGAAGUUCCUUGAGAGGCUAUGUGGGUUAAAUUAAAGACUCCCAUCUCACCCUGGGGUUGAUGCAUUGGGGAUCGAACACGACUGUUAUUCCUGUGAUGAUCCUGGCUUCCUAUUCUUGCUGCUGUUUGGAAGGGUCCUGUUCUGUGUGUUCUAGAGAUGCAUAAAGUUGCACGUGGCAACAAGCAGUUCAGCAAUUCAUGAAAGCAACAUGGCUAUAUUUUUGGUGAUUGCAUAUCAACUUCUGGGCUGCGUUGAUGGUUACGAAAGCUGUAUGGUUCUACCUGUGAUGUAAUAUUAUUACGCAGUGGCAUCUGGUGCCAAAAGAACCUUUGUUCAUGUGAUCAUGGAUAUAAAAAUUCCGAUCAGUGGACUGGCUGUUAUCUAUCUAAUAUAAAAAGAAUGACAGAUGGAAAAAUCGUGCACCUGGAAAAAGUAGUCAUUUUAUUGUUAGGAGGGAAAGGAAACAGAUGAAAGGGAUGAUAUGUGCAUUUGAAACAAUUAAGGAUGAAUCGUAUAACACCCGUUUGU